AUGGCCUCAUCCCUGCGCGUCUCUGUGCUGCUCCUGGCUGUCCUGGUCUUGGGCCUGGCCAUGACCCCCAUGGCCUCGAAAUCCUCCAAAAAGUGGCUUCGCCUAAUGGGAAAAUUGGAAAAGGGAGAUAUUUUCAAUGAGGAGAUACAGAAAGCAGUGGAGUUCGCCAUGCAGGAGCACAACAAGGACAGCACAGACCAGAACCUCUUCCGUGUGACACGGGUAGUGCGAGUCCAAGAGCAGGUGGUGACCGGCAUGAACUACCACCUGGACUUGGAGAUUGGCAGGACCACAUGUGUAAAGAACACAUCCAACCAGAUCAACUGUCCCCUCAGUAAAGAGCCGACGCAGCUCUGCUCCUUCUUGGUCUACUUUAGGGCCCGGAACAAGUAUGUCAUCCUGAAAAAAUCCAAGUGUUACAGGGCUUGA